CACUCUUCCAAACUUCGACACAAAUUAGGCACUUCAAGAUGCGUUGCGACGUGGCCGUUACCGCCUUCCUGGCUUCAGGUGCCACCGCUGCCGCAGUCAAGAAGGGAUUCGUUACUACAAAGGGCACUGCCUUCAAGCUUGAUGGCAAGGACUUCUACUUCGCUGGAUCCAAUGCCUACUACUUUCCCUUCAACGACCUUGCUUCAGAUGUCGAGGCUGGCCUUGCAGCAGGCAAGAAGGCUGGCUUGAACGUGUUCCGUACCUGGGGGUUCAACGACCGCAACCGCACCACUGUCACCGGUGGACUGCCUCAGUAUGGUGGCGAGGGUGCUGGUCCUUCGCCGAACGUGAUGCAAUGGUGGAACAACGGCACCGCCGAGAUCAACCUCGCGCCUUUCGACAAGGUUAUCAAGGCUGCCGAAAAGACUGGAAUGAAGCUCAUCAUCGCCCUGACCAACAACUGGGCCGACUAUGGUGGCAUGGAUGUCUACACCACCAACCUGGGCGGCAAGUACCACGACGACUUCUAUCGGGACCCUAAGAUCAAGGCUGCUUUCAAGAAGUACGUCAAGGCAAUUGUUCAGCGCUUCAAAAACUCCAACGCCAUCAUGGCUUGGGAGCUCGCCAAUGAGCCGCGCUGUGGAGCCGAUGGUGUCCGCAAUCUUCCUCGAUCAGAGAAUUGCACGCCUGACACUAUCACUGAGUGGAUCGAUGAGAUGAGCACAUAUGUAAAGAGCUUAGACAAGGACCACCUGGUGACCUGGGGCGGCGAGGGCGGCUUCAAUAUCGAGAGCGACGACUGGGCGUACAACGGCGCCGAUGGAGGCGACUUCGACAAGGAGCUUAGCCUGAAGAACAUUGACUUUGGCGUCUUCCACAGCUACCCCGACUGGUGGAGCAAGACUGUCCCCUGGACCGUCCAGUGGAUCAAGGACCACGCCGCUUCUGGACGCAAGGCGAAGAAGCCGAUUGUGCACGAGGAGUACGGCUGGCUUACAGACGACAAGAGGCAAGCGUACCUCGGCAAGAGUGACAAUCAGACAAGAGUUGAGGUCCUCGGGCUGUGGCAGAAGACGAGCUUGGAGGAGAAGAUGAGCGAUAUGUACUGGCAGUUCGGGUACAGCAACUACUCGUACGGCCGCAACCACGACGAUGGGUUCACCAUCUUCCUGGAUGACGCGGAGGCGAAGCCAUUGGUGUACGAGCACGCAAAGAAGGUCAACGCGUUGAACAAGUGAGGAACGUGAUUGAGGAGCGCUAAACAUUUAUAGAAUCUGUUCAUCAAAAUAUACCACUAU